GUGCUGCACAAAGUCACCCAGCACUGGAUCCCUUAGCAGUAACUACAGCAGCAGCCUUUCACUUUUAACAAGAUGACCCUUCAGAAAAUGGAAGCCGUGGAGGUGUUCGCGGCUGGCGAGAAAGGCCGCGGCCUCCGAACCACCAAGGUUAUGAAGACCGGUGAGGUGGUGUUCGCGGAGGCCAGCUUUGCUGCUGUGGUCUUUGACAGUCUGACCAUGCAGGUAUGUCACAGCUGCUUCCGCAGACAAGUCAACCCACACCGCUGUGCCCAGUGCAAAUUUGCCCACUACUGUGAUCGUACGUGCCAGCGUGCAGCCUGGGAGGAGCACAAGCACGAGUGUGCCGCCAUCAGGCAGCAGGGCAAGGCUCCCAAUGAGAAUGUGCGUCUUGCAGCACGGGCUUUAUGGCGCGUGCAGAAGCACAAAGGAAAGGUCUGUGACACACAGCUGACUACCCUAGACCUCCUAGAGGACCACAUCACUCACAUGACCCCAGAAGACCUUAAAAAGCUCAAGGUGGACGUUGACAACUUUCAGGUUUACUGGCCACGCAACAGCAAGCAGUAUGGAGCUGACUACAUCUCUCAUAUCUUUGGUUUGAUCAACUGCAACGCCUUGACUAUGAGUGACCAACGUGGGCUCCAGGCAGUCGGAGUUGGCAUCUUUCCCAACCUCUGUCUGGUCAAUCAUGACUGCUAUCCAAACUGUACAGUCAUCCUAAACCACGGCAAUCAGACAGCUCUGGAUACAGCUUUACACUCUCAGAGGAGGAUUGAGCUACGUGCCCUGGAAAACAUCCCAGAAGGUACCGAGCUGACCGUUAGCUACGUGGACUUUUUAAGCCUGUCCAAGGACCGUCAACAGCAGCUCAAGAAACAGUAUUACUUCGACUGCAAGUGUGAGCACUGUACCAAAGGCAUCAAGGAUGACCUCAUGAUAGCAGUCAAAGAGACUGAUGGCAAAAAGCCCUCAGCUGAGCUGGUAAAAGAGGUCACUGACUUUAGUGUGAAAGCCCUGGCUAAGAUAGAGGAAGGCCGCACUGAAGGAAACUUCACCAAGGUGGUUAAAAUCUGCCGUGAGUGUUUGGAGAAGCAGGAGCCGGUGCUGGCUGAUACUCACCUGUAUCUGCUGAACGUGCUCAGGAUUGCAAGUGAGGUGCUUUCAUACCUGCAGUUUUUCAAGGAGGCUGCCGAUUAUGCACGCAGAAUGGUGGAAGGCUAUGCCAAACUCUAUCAUCCAAACAAUGCUCAGCUAGGUAUGGCUACUAUGAGGGCAGGCGUAACCCACUGGCAUGCGGGGCUGAUUGAAGUGGGUCAUGGGCUGAUCUGUAAAGCGUAUGCAAUCCUCCUGAUUACACAUGGACCCCACCAUCCAAUCACUAAAGACCUGGAGGCUAUGCGCACACAGACCGAGUCCGAGCUGCGCCUGUUCAAGGAGAACGAGUACGCCUACCACAGCAUGCGCGAGGCAGCUCUCAGCAAAAAGCCCUGGCCCGUGAGAGGAAAAUAAAGCUGAGGAACAAAUCAGAAGCACACUCCAGACCAAUUACAUCUAUAAACCAUUAUAAUGCAUUACACUCUUUUUAAACAUCUGCUGAACAAAUACAGCGGUACCUUAAAACUCGACGUCAAUUGGUUCUGGGAGUGGCAUCGAGUUUUAAAGGCGUUGAGUUUCACGGUAUUUUUUCCCAUAAGGAUGUUAGGGAAACCUGUUAAUGCGUUCCAUGGUCCCCGUGGAACUGCUUAUAUUUUAGGCUAAUGUAAAAUAAUGGGGUUGUUUUUGACACUGAAAUACCACAAAUAUAAAAAACACUGUAAUACGACAGUUAAACACAAUAAAAAUACAAUAAAACCUGCA